AUGUUUGAUUUUAGGAUGAUCACCGUUACUUCUGUGAAUGUUUGGUGCUUUAAGUCAAUGAAAAGGCAGUUUACUAUUGGUAUUGGACUAUAUAUCUUACUUGGAUGGUUGUCUAGUAUUGGGAGUCCAAAUGGACUUAAUGGAAUAUGUGUGGCGGCUAAAAUAGAUUGUCCGAGUUCAGCUGAGAUGAUAGAAAGCCUGAAACCAAUCGGUUUUGCAUUUAGUGAGAUGGAUUCUGAAAUGCAGGUUAAACCUUACGUUCCUAUGCGAACAAAAGAGUUCACACCUGAUGCUAAUCCUUUCCCAAGUCCAGUAUCGGCCCACACAACAUCAGGUACCCCCAGUUACAAGCUAAAAUAUUCAGGUCAGUAUAUUCGUUUUCAACUACUUAACUAUUCAUCCCCAGCUAAGAUUAUGGCGAAUUUAGAAGAACUACAAAAGAUCGCUGUUAUUAAGACCCGAACUGCUUAUAUUGUCUACCCAUCGCCUAUUUCCAGGCCUCACUGGCAGAGCUUACUGAUUUUAUCACGAGUUAUUAACAUAUUUGACUGUCGGCGGCUGAAUGUGUCUGUGGCUUCUAACUUAGGGGUCGAACUAAACCAGGCACAGUUGGUGGAGUGUCAGGAAGAAGCCCAGCAUGUUAUCCGCCAUGCUAGUUAUACGGCAGCUUGCCGGCUCAAUAUUAGGCCCAUCUCAACUAGUACUAUUUCAAGUUUGGCAGAUAGCGGCGUGUUCUUACUCCGACCUAUUUCAAGUAUGCUCUUUAAAGAUAAAGAAUUCCUUCAUGCACAUCUCCUUAAGCAGUUGCCACUAACCAGUAGCUACACCCUUUUCUUUGAAUGCUUGCCUGCUAAGGCUUAUAUUGUACUCGAUCUUUCCCAAAAAUCGUCUUCUCAAUGCAGGCGUAUCACUAUUGCCGAGUGUAUUGCAGCGGAUAUUACUUUCGUUGGUCUUGAAGACGCUAUUGCUAACCAUCCUGCGCUAACUCUAAUGGCACCUUGGCCAGUUCUUCUGCACAUGGGCGAACAUAACCCAGUCCAAAUCAAAGUCAACACUCUUUUAGGUCUUGAUGUUUCUCCGGAGUCUUACCAGCUAAUGAUUAAUGCUCCCCAAAAGGAUUCACCUGCUAAGUCUCAACUUAUUACCAAUCAUAUCAAUUCCACAAUUAUCACCAUAAUGACAUGUAAACCUCUCGAUUAUUACGCUCAAUUAUAUACCACUAGUGCCUUUGCUAAGUAUGGUAUUGUUGCAAAAAGAGUCCAGCUCAGCUAUGAGGGCGAACGAGAUGACUUAUGCACUACCCUAAAUCUGUUUGUCUCUGUCGGUGCUUUGUGGAGACUACCUAUAGAGGUUUCGCCAAAUGCGCAGGAUCAUAUUGUGUGCUGUGGCAAUGAACUCAGCACUCCCGGUUGGAAACUUCAAAGUGCAGUUGAUAUCAAACUUGAUAUGCCCGACCUUAGUAACAUACUUGCGAGGUAUAAACAGAGAUGCUCACCAUACUUUUGUCAAAACAUAUGCUACUCAACCAUCAAUAUCCGAGGCUCAGAAGCACCGCGGCCAAACUAUGUCAACGACUGUAUGACUUUUCUAGAUCUAUUCUUGGACAUUACAGCUGACCAACUUAAACUUGAGAAUAUUCAUGAUGCUAGACCAGCACUCUGCAACUUUGAGAUACCUCGUCUAGAACAAGAAAUGCUAAUCCAACCCAAGCUACGUCUCAAUGUUCAAACAAUAGUAUUGAAUAGUGUCGAUGUUCGCAUCCUUUACCGAAUGUUAGGGCGGUAUGACUUUUCGCGUAAGGUGGAAGUAUCUAUUUUAAACCAGCAGUUCAGCAAUCUUGCUAUUGCCCGAGUUCUUUCUCUUCCAGUAGCCCAGCAAAUCAGCGCGAUCACAAUCAAUGACUUCUUUGAAUUAAACGAAGUCACACAUUACGACGAGCAAGACGAAAUAGAAGGCUUCUCCCUACUUAAACAUGUUGAUCUGGCCAUCCAAGAAGGCAAGACGCUUCAGACACUCGGCCUGCACAAAUUGCAUAUGAGGCUAGCUAUUGUUGACUUUCUCGCGUAUGCUGAUGCUUUGCGACGACUGCUAAGUUAUGGUAUUCAACUUCUAGACAUGCCAUUCGAUUUAUAUAUGGAGAGCAUCUCGACUCCCUUGGGCUAUGCAGCCCUCACAGACAAGAAGGUGUUUACUCUUUAUAGUGUUGAUUUGAUUGGGUUAGAAAAUGACCUUAGUACUGACCAGCCUAUGUCCCAACCGCAAGAGAGUUUAGUUCAGAGGCAAUCAGUUGAAAGACUAUUAUUGCACUUUAGCAAUGGGCAGGACCUAACUAAAGAAAGCUUUGUGACUAUUGUUCGAUGGGUGGCCUAUCGGUUUAAGAAUGUGGUUACUUUACAACUGGAAGACCUUAUGUCAACAAAAGAUGUGCAGAAUCUAAUACGUUCGUAUAAUUGUUUGAUUGUUGGUUUAGAGCGACUGAGUAGUAUUGAAUUGGCAGAUCCCGAUCUAAAUAGACCGUCUAUCGAGUUGUUGUCUUGGCAGUAUCUUAAUAGCUUCCAGGUCUGCGCCUCUAAUCCGGAACCCACCUUCAUUGUUGUACCGGCUAGAAUGAUCCCUGAUCUUAUUGCCUACACCGAGUAUCUUGAUAAGUUCAUUCCGGAACCAUCUUAUCCCAUGACACCUUUUCAAAGGGUUAUAGAAGAUCUUAAGCGCAAUAGGCAAGAUCUUGAUGAGCUGGCAUGUGAUAUUUGCUGCCGUAAAGGGUAUGUGCCGCCAGAGAGGCAAGAGAAUGACGAACCUGGUGCAAAACGACUGCGCAUGUUUGUGCCAGAAAAGGACUUCAAGGCAUUUUGCUAUCACAGCUGUGGGAAGCCAAUAUGCAAUGUUUGUGUGGCUAAUUGUGUCUCACCUAGCGAAAAGUGCGUAUUCUGCCAACAAACAAAUGCCCUUGCUAGUAUUUACCAACUUAGGAGCCUUCCUCCAUCUAACUUUGUCUUAGCUAAGGGCACUACCAAUACACCUGCUGCUAGUCGUGAUUGGAUCAAGAAGAUGACUUGGAAUGAUGGCCGGAUCUAUUUAGCAGUCGUUUUUAAAUACUUACUUGAUUCCGACGCGAUUGUCAACAAUGGGCUUCGCUCUAACGACACUUUCAGAAUCUGGGUUAUUUGA